CGUGGUGCAACUUUAUUGGGGCGUUCUUUUAUUUCGAUCCCCGCACGUUCCCUACUUUUCUGCGAAAAAUUUCCAUCCUAAUACUUUUCAAAUCGCCAUUAAAAUGUUAUAGUUCUCAAUUCCAAUUCCAAUUCCCAAACAAAAUGGAUCCGUCGUUAGAGGACGGUAGCUGCUGGGAUUUUCUCGAUUACAGCUUCAUCGACGACAACCCUUCCCCGGAGUUCUGUUUGCCUAAUCAAAGUGGUAGCGCUGAAAUUGAUUUAUCGUCUGGGCGAGACAGGGACGGCAGCGAAAGAGAGUGCUCGCGAAAGAGGCGGCGCAAUGAUUCAUGCAGCAGGCCGAUAUCUAAAGCUUGUCGUGAGAGAUUGCGAAGGGAGAAAUUGAAUGACAGGUUUCUAGACUUGAAUUCUACUUUGGAUCCUGGGAGACCUGUGAAAAUUGACAAGCACGCCAUACUUGAUGAUACCAUCAGAUUACUGAACCAACUAAAAUCUGAAUCUCAAGAGCUUAAAGAAACAAAUGAAAAACUACUAGAAGAAGUAAAAAGUCUAAAGGCAGAGAAGAAUGAACUUCGUGAAGAGAAACUCACACUGAAGACGGAUAAGGAAAGGAUGGAGAAGCAAGUGAAAGCUAUGGCCAUGCCACAUGCUGGGUUUAUGCCGGGGCAUCCAGGCGCAUAUCAUGCUGGACCAAACAAGAUGGCAGUUUUUCCAAGCUAUGGGUUUGUCCCAAUGUGGCAGUACUUGCCUCCAGGUGCCCGUGAUACAUCUCAUGAUCAUGAGCUCAGGCCCCCUGCUGCGUAAUUUUUUUUUUUUUUUUAAUGCCAACUUUUCUAUCAUUUAGCAUUUUUGUUAAUUGCCUUGCCGACAUGUAUAUAUAGCUGCUGUUUCAGUAGGGCUGAUUUUGAAAUUCAACUAUUAGCAAAUACGUGCAGCAUUGGCGAAGUGUGUAGCUUGGUGGCCGUUAUCUUCUAAAUUCAAUCAUUUGAAUCAAUUGUCUCUAUGAUUUAAGUGCACAUCAAACAAUUCUUUCUCCCAGAAA